GUGCUUUUGUUUGUUUUAAAUGGGAGAAACCUGAGCAUGUUGCCAAGAUCAAAGAGCCAGUAGAGAGGGGUGAAUGGAAGAGGGAGCUGAGAAGAGGGUUCUUGAUGAAGCUGUAUUCUGGAGGGGAGAAGGAUGGAUUCCAAAGGCCAGCUUUUAGGAUUGGCCUUGAAGAAGAGGAGGGCCACCCUGCCUUGUCCUGGAGGGAAAGAGAACCUAAAAGCAGAUCCAGAAGAGCUUUUUACAAAACUAGAGAAAAUUGGAAAGGGCUCUUUUGGCGAGGUGUUCAAAGGCAUUGACAAUCGGACUCAGAAAGUGGUUGCCAUAAAAAUCAUUGAUCUGGAAGAAGCUGAAGAUGAGAUAGAGGACAUUCAACAAGAAAUCACAGUGCUGAGUCAGUGCGACAGUCCAUAUGUAACCAAAUAUUAUGGAUCCUAUCUGAAGGACACUAAAUUGUGGAUAAUAAUGGAAUAUCUUGGUGGAGGCUCUGCACUAGAUCUAUUAGAACCUGGUCCUUUAGAUGAAACUCAGAUUGCUACUAUAUUAAGAGAAAUACUGAAAGGACUUGAUUAUCUACAUUCAGAGAAGAAAAUCCACAGAGAUAUUAAAGCUGCCAACGUUCUGCUCUCUGAACAUGGAGAGGUGAAGCUGGCUGAUUUUGGAGUAGCGGGCCAGCUGACAGAUACCCAGAUAAAAAGGAACACCUUCGUGGGCACUCCUUUCUGGAUGGCACCCGAGGUCAUCAAACAGUCAGCCUACGACUCCAAGGCCGACAUCUGGUCCCUGGGCAUCACAGCUAUCGAACUUGCAAAAGGGGAGCCACCCCAUUCUGAGCUGCACCCCAUGAAGGUUUUAUUCCUCAUCCCAAAGAACAACCCACCGACGCUGGAAGGAAACUAUAGCAAACCCCUCAAGGAGUUUGUGGAGGCCUGUUUGAAUAAGGAGCCGAGCUUUAGGCCCACUGCCAAGGAGCUGCUGAAGCACAAGUUCAUACUACGCAAUGCGAAGAAGACCUCCUACCUGACCGAGCUCAUCGACAGGUACAAGCGGUGGAAGGCCGCGCAGAGCCAGGACGACUCCAGCUCUGGGGACUCCGACACGGAAACAGAUGGCCAAGCGUCUGGAGGCAGUGACUCUGGGGACUGGAUCUUCACAAUCCGAGAAAAAGAUCCCAAGAAUCUUGAGAAUGGAGCUCUUCAGCCAUCAGAUUUAGAAAGAAAUAAGAUGAAAGACAUCCCAAAGAGGCCUUUCUCUCAGUGUUUAUCUACAAUUAUCUCUCCUCUGUUUGCAGAGUUGAAGGAGAAGAGCCAGGCGUGCGGAGGGAAUCUGGGGUCCAUAGAGGAGCUGCGCGGGGCCAUCUACCUGGCGGAAGAGGCCUGCCCCGGGAUCUCUGACACCAUGGUGGCCCAGCUCGUGCAGCGGCUCCAGAGAUAUUCUCUAAGUGGCGGAGGAACUUCAUCCCACUGAAAUUCCUUUGGCAUUUGGGAUUUUGUUUUUCCUUUUUUCUUCUUCGUCCUCCUCCUUUUUAAAAGUCGAGAGCCUUUGCUGACUCCGCCAAAGAGGACCAUCCUGCAAAGCUGCGGGUGCCUGUCCAGGGAUACACAUGGUCCUCGCUGUGCCGCAGCCAGAUGAAGUCUCUCAGAUGGGGUUAGGGAGUGUCAGCUCCUUCAAGUGAUUGUUUUAUUUUAUUAUUCUUGUUUUUAAUUUUAACCAUAGUGCACAUAUUCAAGGAAAGUGUCUUUGAAAACAGAAACAAACCCUGAAAUGUAUAUUUGGGAUUAUGAUAAGGCAACUAAAGACAUGAAACCUCAGGUAUCCUGCUUUAAGUUGAUAACUCCCCCUGGGAGAUGGAGAGCGUGCUGGUGGAUCAGUGUACAGAUUUGUAUAUAGUGUCAUUUUUACAGAAACCCUUCUGGCGUGCAUAAGGAAUCACUGUGUACAAAUUGGCCAAGUGCUUCUGUAGAUAAUGUCAGUGGAGUAAAUAUUUGAUAGGCCAUAACUCAAGUCUAUUGCCUUGCCUUUAUUACAUGUAAAUUUUGAAUUAUGUGACCAGUGAUUUGGGUUUUAUUUUGUAUUUGCAGGGUUUGCCAUUAGUAAUAAUUAAUGCCCCUCUAUGGUUCACUCGUAUUUGUACCUCAACACAUGCAAAUUUUCCUCGUUUGCCCCACCACCCUUUUGGUACACUUAGAAGUUGAUUUCCUUUUUCAUUGAUGGUACUAUUUCUUAGUGUUUUAAAUUGGAACAUAUCUUGCCUCAUGAAGCUUUAAAUUAUUUUAAGUUUCUCCCAGAUGAAGCACUCUCAUCUAACAUUUGUUUGGAAUUGUGCCACUGCCGGUCUGCGCCAGGUAUACCGUCCUUUCAGUACGAUUUUCUGUUGCACCCUGUAGUGGAAUCUGCAUAUCAUCUUUCCCACCUAAAAUUGUCUGACUGCUUACACAAAUAAAUUUUAUAAUACACUUA